GCGCCACAUAAUUUUUUUAUUCCAUCUGAAGAAGUCGUGUCGCAAACUGGUGCUCUAAAGUUCUUCAGAGGAAGAUUGCGAGUUGUUGGUCCCAGUCAUAUUUAUAGAUUAUCUUCUGGAUUAUCUCAUCUGAAGCAUGUCUCUGGAAACUGAAACUGUAUAUUUAUACCCGAAGGAAAAUGCCACACCUCAUAAAACGGACCAAUACGAAUUGGUUCAGGACGAAGAAAACCCGAUUGCCGUUUUGCGAAGAGGAAAGAAAUUCACGUUGGCUUUGAGAUUCCUCAAUCGAGCUUUCGAUAAGCAAAGAGAUCUCGUUCGAUUAGUGUUCAACUACGGUCCGAAUCCAAACACGAUAAAGGGAACCAGAGGAGUGGUGAAAAUAGAUCCGACGAAGAAAAUAUUCCUUGACGACGAACAAAAAUUAUGGUUUGGAAACGUCCUAAAGUUGGUAGCGGAUACCGUCAGCAUGGAGGUCUUUGCUCCACCUGAUAUACCAAUCGGUGCUUGGACACUCCAAGUUGAAACGAGCGUCAUCAAUUCCAGGGAAGAACCCAAGAUAUUCGACUUCGAAAACGAUAUUUACUUCAUCUGUAAUCCGUGGAACUGUCACGAUGUCGUUUUCAUGCCAGAGACGAAACUGUUGGACGAAUACGUCUUGACCGAUAUCGGCAAAAUCUGGGUAGGUCCUCUAGGAACUAGCAAAGGAAGAGAAUGGGUGUUUGGUCAAUUUGAUGCAUGCGUCUUACCUGCCGCUGUACUCAUGUUUGAAAAAUCUAGAUUGCCACACUCCAGACGAGGUGACCCGAUAAGGCUUACCAGAACGAUAUCGAAAAUGGUGAAUAGCAACGACGACGAUGGUAUUCUAGUGGGAAGAUGGGACGGAAUGUACGACGACGGCACUGCGCCUUCAGCUUGGACCGGCUCUGUCCCAAUUUUGCAGGAAUAUCUAGAUACGGGAAGUCCCGUCAGUUACGGCCAGUGCUGGGUAUUUUCUGGAGUCGUGACCACAAUAUGCCGAGCCCUUGGCAUCCCGUCCAGGGUAGUUUCAAACCUAGUAUCGGCCCAUGACGCGAACGCAACUCUAACAAUCGACAAGUACUUCUCUGAAUCGAACGAAGAGUUAGGAUAUGACCCUAAAAAUGAAUGGGGUGAAGACUCUAUUUGGAAUUAUCACGUUUGGAAUGACGUUUACAUGGCCAGACAUGACCUUCCGCCUGGUUACGGUGGAUGGCAAGCAAUCGAUGCUACUCCUCAAGAAACUUCCGACGGAUUCUAUCAAUGCGGUCCUUCAUCUCUGGAGGCAAUCAAAAAAGGCCAAGUGGGGUUCAACUACGACGUCGGCUUCAUGGUCGCAUCUGUGAAUGCUGAUUUGAUGCGCUGGAAAGAGGACAGCAAAAACGUUUUGGGUUAUACUCGAAUAUACUGCAACAAAUACCAUAUUGGCCGAUUCAUUCUCACCAAAAAACCUUUUAUAUAUGAUUACAAUGGCGACAAGGAUAAAGACGAUAUCACGUGCAACUAUAAACCACAAGAGGGCACCAAAGCCGAAAGACUAGCCUUGCUGAAUGCUGUCAGAGGAGUAGAAGCUGCCAAACGCUUUUACGAGUUACCGGAGGCUGAGAUGGAAGACGUCCAAUUUGAUUUACAGGAUUUAGACAGAAUAAAAAUAGGAGAAAACUUCAACAUUGUGGUAAAAAUAAAGAACAAAAGCGACAAAGACCGUCACAUCAAGUGUGCUCUUUCCGCUGCCACUGUUUAUUACAACGGGGUGAAGGCGACAAUGAUAACGAAGCAAGAAGGGGAAUUCAACAUGAAACCACAUUCAGAGGAAGAAGUGAAAUUACCAGUCAAGGCUGACGAGUAUUUGGACAAGUUGGUCGAAUAUUGCAUUAUGAAAAUAUAUGCUAUUGCAACCAUUACGGAAACCAACCAAACUUGGGCAGAUGAGGAUGAUUUUCAGGUUGUAACGCCCAACAUCGACAUUAGAAUUCCUCACAAAAUCCCGAACAGAAGACAGGCUCCGAUCACCCUGAGAUUCGUCAAUCCUCUGAAAAAGAUCCUGACCAACUGCAAGUUCCACGUUUCUGGACCCUCCCUGUCGAGAAAUCAAAUAAUAGAUCAUCCUGAUGUGAAGCCAGGCGCUGUGGUCAAAGUCAAUGCUACCAUUGUUCCUAAAUUUCCAGGAGAACAUAAAUUGGUCGCCACAUUUUCUUCUAGAGAGUUAUUGGACAUAACUGGCACCGUGAAAGUUGACGUCAGUGAAGAGUGAUGGAAACCACUCGAAAACCAAAAAAUUAUUUGUUUUCUUUUCAUUAGUUGUCAGAUGAAUAUUUACUAAGCAGAAAAAUCCAAAUCUUCCAUUGGCGUUAUUUCACGUGGUACAGAAAGUUAAAUUAACACCUAGUCACGUCGUCAGUUUUCAGACCUAACCUAAUAGACUAUUAUUCUUUGUGUUCGUCCCAGUUGCGUAUUUAGAGAGCGUGCUUCAUUAAUAUCUAUAUAGUGGGCUUUUUUGCUAUCUAGGGAGUGUUUCAUUAUUUUCUAGAAGAUGAGCUUCAUCAAUAUCUAGAGAGUGAACUUCAUUAACACUCAGCCGUUGUCAGUUUCUAGACCCAAUCCAAUAUGUUUGUCACAUUUACGUAUGUAGAGAAUGUGCUUCAUUUUAAUAUCUAGAGAGUGAGCUUCAUCAAUACCUAGUCCCGUCUUAAGUUUAAAACUUAAUCUAAUAGACCAUUAUUCUUUGUGUUUGUUAGAGAGGCGUAUGCAGAGAAUAUGCGUCAUUAAUAUAUAAAGAAAGCUUCAUUGAUAUCUAGAGAGAGAGUGCUUCAUUGUUAGCUAGAGAGUGUUUCAUUAAUAUCUAGAAAGUGAGCUUAAUUAAUAUCUAGUCCCGUCACCACUUUUCAGACCUAACCUCUAAUAUCUAUAUAGUGGGCUUCAUUACUAUUUAGAGAGUACGUUUCAUUAAUAUUCUAGAAGGUGAGCUUUAUUAAUAUCUAGAGAGGGUGUUUCAUUAAUAUCUAGAGAGUGAGCUUCAUUAAUACCUAGUCUCGUCAUCAGUUUCAGACAUAACCUAAUAUGUUACAAGGGAUGAUAAUAUAUCCUAGCUACAUUACAGAAAAAAAUAAUUUACAAUUUGAAAAACCUUUUUCUGAGUAGUUAUCAACAAAAUAAUUAAUUUAAGUA